CAAAGUUGGCCGCAUCUGCUGUGCGACGGCACCUCCAUUCAGUUGGUUAUCCACGCUCGCCGGUCAUCCACGUUUAUCGCGCCACUCUUCUUGUUUUUAUUGGCAAAAGCAAGCGUGAAAAGUGAAAGACACGACGGAUUCUGGAAAUCAAACUAAACUUAUUUCUUGUGAAAACCGAGAGCGAAAGUGACUGCCGGACCAAUAACAAAACCACUCGCUAAUUAGGCUCCACGCCAUGACAAGCUACACCGCAUUGCGCCCAAAAUUAUGAGCCAAUGUUGAUGAUCAGAGCGUGAUUACUGUGCGUGUUAAUUUCCGGGGAACCGCUUUUGCAAGUGAGCAGGAAACCCGUUCAUUGGACACCAAACGGCCGUGAAAAGCGCCGACUAAGGAAAAGCGGCGCAAAAACUACAAGGAAAAUUAACGUCAAGCCAGCAGACAAACUGCACUCGAAGCAAUCCAAAGCUAACUGGAAAAUGGAUAAACAAACAUAGAGGAGCGAGUGUAGCCCAAACAACUUUCAGCCGCGGCAAGAAAUACAGUUAAGGUUUUGUGCGGCGGAAGAAUCUAGGAAGAGCGACGUGUGAAUGCAGGAGAAGAUACCAUUAACCGGCUACAAGAUACAACCGAUAGCGCACUGCAAAAAGACAUCGACGGCCGAGCGAAACGCUGAGAAGAGCAAACAGCGAGAGAGCGACCGGUCUGCCUUAAGCCUGGCCAUGAUCUUGGCCAACUGUUUGGGCCACAACGCGCUCAGUUGUUAACCAGACGCGCACGCAUGCGCACACGAGACGCGCGAACAGUUGAUUUGCAUAUCCACGAGAUACAGUAACUUCCAGAUACGAAACCGUUAGGCCGUAGGUGUGUCGCAGUGAAGUAAUUGCAGGUAGCUAGAUACCCGACUAGAGCAAAUAGAAAACGCGCUAAAUGCGACAGUGAAAUUCCAAACAAAGCUGUCGAAAACAAACACAGAGAAGAAAGUACAUUAAAAUCGAUACAAAAAGAAUUAGCUGCUCAAAAAAUCAGAAAAAGUCCGACAAUCAAUGGAAUAAAAUUAGCGUGCUAAGUGCCGAGUGCCUCAUAAAUUGACUUGUCGAUUGGCUAAUGAUUUCGCCAACAAAGCCGCCUUUUGUGUCCGCUUAAACGAAGAGCUGCCAAACACGUACCCGGUGAAAUCAGCUAAAUAAACAGUUGGGUUGCAGUUAAAUUGCAGGGCCAAGGUGCAAUUGCAAUAGGAAAAGACAUAGUGAUUGCAAUUGCAAUUGCAAUUGCAGGUCGAAGGUGUGAAGCAGCCGUCAGCAGUGCUAACCGGCUGAGUUAAACCAAAAUAAAACGAAACUGAAAUGCCCCAUAAUUGGAGCUCAGGUGAGAGCCAGCAGCAGUGGACAUCCUCCAGUAGAAAUCGCACAUGCCACCCAGUGAGCAUGGCCAGAUCAACGAGUGUCCACUUGAUUUUCCUCCUCCUGAUCUGCUUAAUAAGCUCGGCCGCGAAAGCGGAUGGUCGUCUUGGACGUUAUCUCUCCACCACUCCUUUGAACCACCUUGCCAUGGAAUCGCAGCAAAUCGAGGAGCAGGGAACGGAUUCCCCAGCGGAGCUGGAGCUUACGCCGACGACGGCACUGCCGCCGGAUGAAGACUGGCAGCCCCUGGUGAAUGCCACUAAGUUUCCCACGAGAAAGCCGAUGGACAAAGUGGCUCUCGGUGAUUCUCUGCUCCUCAGACUGGCCCGGCGAUUCGCCAGUGGAAACGAGCUGUGGGACGGCCUGGUCCGCGACUGCUAUUUAAAGCCAGAUGUAUCCUGCUUCCAAAAGAACGUCUUCAGCUACCUGGAUACCGCGCUGGAUGUACAGGAUGUUAAUGUGACUCAAAGGCUCAAGUUCUUCAAGAACCAAGUGAACUACCAAGUGGAAAGGGAGAAGGAGGAGCAGCCGGAGGCACGUGCCGCCAGUGCGGAAACCCCGAUCGAGGAAGUGACCAGCGCUCUAUAUGGCAAGAGUAUCAAGUUUGCCAUGACCCACGAUCUGGAGGUGGAUCUGCCCGAGGUUAUGUUCAAUGGCGCCACCUUUCGCAUAUCGCCGCGGGCCAUCGAAGGCAACGGAAUCAUUGCCAAGCUGGAGCUGAUUCCCAAACAGGUAGUCAAGGCCCGACUGGCCGGGGCGAUAAUCCAGAAGAAGAUACAAAAAUUUCUACGCAGCAAACUGGUGCUGUCAUUCCUCGCAUUGCUGCUGAUCAUUAAAAUCAUCAAGAUCAAGUUGUUCUGGCUGCUGCCAAUCGUCAUCGGAGUUGGUGCCGCCAAGAAGCUGCUGCUGAAGUUCCUGCUCUUCCUGUUCCCAGCGCUCUCCCAUCUCUUCAAGCUCUGCUCGCACUACCAGCAAUCCUAUCACGCACCCGCCAAGUACCACCAUCACCACCACCUCAUCGAUCAUCAUCACACGGUUGUUCCGCCAUGGCACAGUGGUGAGCACCACUCGGUUCCGGAAAUCAUUUAUACCCACCCGCCUAAGGGCCAUCCGUCCGCCUAUCUCCAUGGAGCGCCGGUGCACGAGAGCUACGGACCCGGAUUCGAACACUUCGAGGGCGCCUGGGAGAACAGUGGUCCUGGCCUGGGAUCCGAAUACAUAGGCGAUAUAAAUCGCGUUGCACAAAUAGAGGAGAAUGCCCAUAACUUUAAGCCCCACCCGGCGAAUGACGCCGGGGUCCUGCAUGCUUGGGGCCUUGGCACCACACAACAGGCACAACAUCAGCCGCACCAGCCACAUCAAAGAUGGCCUGUCACCCAGCAGGCGAGGCCACCCACGCAGCUCAAACAGCAGGCGCAGCAGCAGACGCAGCAGCAGCAGCAGCAGCUCAAGCUUCAUCUGCAACAGCAAUUAACUGCUCAGAAAGUACAAGCCUCUAGUCACAGUUUAAACCCAUUUCAAAGUCAGGAGCAACAAAGCUCAAGGCCGGCACACACGCAGCACCAUCCGGUGUACGUUCCGGGACAGGGACACCAUCCGCCGCAAAAUGUGCCCGGACUCACGGCAGCCGCACAAAUUGCCGCGCAGUACGAUCCCGCGCGCAACAAUCAGCAUCCGCAGCAGCAGCAGCAUCAGCCGCCGCAGCAGCCAAAUCAGGAGCCACAACUUUCGCCUGAACUAGCAGCCCAACUUAAGGAGGCUAUUCGCAUCCAGGCCGAGCAGCGCCUCAUCCAGCAGCAGCAGAAGAUCCUGGAGCAUCAGCCCUUCGUGCAGGACGGACAGCCGCUGUAUCCGCUCAACUACGAUCCGUUCUACAGCCCCAUUCUGCUGAAAAUCGACAAAAUCAUCGAGCAGCUCGGAGUGAAGAACGACCUCUGCAAGGAGCGCAUUGUGUGCAGCAUGUACAAGGAUCCUGCCACCUACAGUCCGCACAGCAACUUCAUUUCCGCGGAGCUGAGUCGCGAUACCAGCGAACUGGAGCCCGUAGCGCAUGCGAAUGAGGCAGUGCGUCGCUUCUACCGACUAAUUCAGGCUGCCCGGGAUGGCCAGGAUCAAAAGGACUGCCAGAGCCUGUACCCACAGUGCAACAUGCAGGCCAAGUGAGUUGGAGGUGCCCAAUCUUCGAGAACGAGCAACAUUGAAGUCAACUUUUCCUUGUUAAAAACCGAACUGUAAAUAGGAUAAAACGCCUAAGCUAAGCUUAAAUUAUUUGUUAGACUCUUAUUUAUUUAUUUAUUUAUUUAUUGUAGUAUAAUGGUAAAAAACUAAAUGUCAAUUUGGGCUUUUUAGUCACGUAGCCGCUGCAUUCAAUAUUCAUUCUGAUUUUGUUCAGUUUCACAUACAAAUUAUUCAACCCAAUCGGAUGCGGUCAGUACACUUUUUAAAUUUCCCACACACGCGUGAAUGGCACACGAAUAAUUCACAGAUAAUUUACUAAAAAUUCCAUAUAAUGAAAUCAGAAUGUUUAUUAACAGCCGGCCAGACGAAUGCGGCUGCAAAUUCAAUUAGUCAAUACGCAAAAAUUGUUAUUAGAGGAGGUUUUGUCGACACCGCAUGGAAAAUAAAUUGAAAUUGUGUUA